GUUUGUUAUGUGGCCAACAAAUACUCCAAAUCAGACUCGCAAAAGGGGAAUUAGGGUUUCAUCAGCUCAGAGGAAGAGGAAGAGGAAGAAGAAGAAGACGAAUCUUCGUACAAUUUCGCCAUCAAGCUUCCGGCGAUGUCGACGACGACGACGAUCUCUUGCUUCUCCCUUUCUCUUCCUCGAGUCACCAUCCGUAACAAACCCACAAACCCUUCCUCUCCGUUCCUCUUCCGAUCCAACUCGAGAUUCCGACCCCUAACUCUCGCCGCAUCCGCCUCAACUUCUCCGAACAGUUUCAGCGACGAUGGCUUCUCCCUCGACGAUUUCGCACUCCAUUCCGAUUCUCGAUCACCCAAGAAGUGCUUAAUUGCAGAUGUUAUCCAAGAGAUUGAACCGUUAGAUGUGAGUCAGAUUCAGAAAGAUGUUCCACUCACUACUUUGGACGCUAUGAAGAGAACAAUCUCGGGAAUGUUGGGUCUCCUCCCUUCUGAUAGGUUUCAAGUCCACAUCCAAUCUCUUUGGGAGCCUUUGUCUAAGCUUUUGGUCUCUUCCAUGAUGACUGGGUAUACAUUGAGGAAUGCUGAGUAUCGGCUUUUCCUCGAAAAAAACCUUGACAUGGAUGAUGAGGACUUCGAAAGCCACACUAUCGUGAAAGGGACUGAUACGGAACCGGAUGACGUUUGUGUUGAAAACAAUGGUUCGUCCACAAUGGAUGGUAAAACGCAAAGCCUCUCUGAAAUGAUUGAUAAAGAAGGUCUUGGCAGAGUUUCCUCUGAAGCUCAAGAAUAUAUCUUCCGUUUGCAGUCACAGUUGUCUUCUGUUAAAAAGGAAUUACAAGAAGUGAGGCGAAAAAACGCUGCCCUUCAAAUGCAGCAGUUUGUUGGCGAAGAGAAGAAUGAUUUGUUAGACUAUUUAAGAUCGCUGCAACCUGAGAAGGUAGCUGAGUUGUCAGAACCCGCGGCUCCUGAGGUGAAAGAGACAAUCCACUCUGUUGUUCACGGUCUUCUCGCAACCCUAUCACCGAAAAUGCACUCUAAAUUGCCAACAUCAGAAGCUCCACCUACUGAAACUGUGAAUGCAAAAGGCGACGAAGAUUGUGCUGAACUUGUAGAGAACACUUCGCUUCAUUUUCAGCCUCUGAUCUCACUAACUCGAGAUUACCUUGCUCGUCUUCUCUUCUGGUGCAUGCUGUUAGGACACUAUCUCAGAGGUUUGGAAUAUCGAAUGGAACUAAUGGAGGUUCUAAAUUUGACAUGCGAUGCUAAUGGGUCUGAAAACGUUGCUUGAAGCUAUCUUUAUUUUUCUCAAUAUCGUCUUAAAUCUUUUGUAUCACCGGCCUUUGCUUACAUACUUGAACCAACAAAGUGUGCAAGUGGAGGGGAAGACUGGCCAGCGUUGGAGCUUUAGAUCAUGCACAUAUAUGCAGUUUGGCGUUAGCCUGGCAAUUCAUGUGCUAGGAAAACUAAAACUUAUGAGAUUGCUCUUGCUAAAAUUUGUUUUGUAUUUGCAGUAUUGUAUUGGUGGACCUGUAAAGCAGUAAAGCUAAAUGUAACUGUAUUUGGGAAUAUACUUUGUCUUGUCAUUAAUAUAUGAAGGAAUGACAUGAAA